GGCAGUAGACGUUCAGAGGAGCCAUAAAAGUCAGCACAGUUGAAUGCUUAGUAUUCCAGCUCUCGACUUUUGCUCGCAAUGACCUGCUCGCUCAGAAGAUCGCAGAAUUAGACGUUGAACCGAUAAACAGGAGGACCAGAAACCCGAACGUGAGGCUCGGAGGCUACAUUUUUACAACAGAAACUGCGGUUCCUUCGUGUCAUUCCCCAGCGACAGCAGGUCCUGCCAGAGAAGCAUCAUUCUGAAACGCUGUCAGACUCAAGUAGCAGCUGGAGCGGGCGGUCGCACGUUUGGAGCCUGUCUGCGGAUGCUCAGCAUGAACACCUACGCUGCACUGAUCACCUUGUGCUAAAACAGUUUGUGGGUUUCAUAUUCUCGUUCCACAUCCUGGCUUCUGCUGUUGCUCAACAGAUGUCACGUCUGAGGGGUUGGACAGGAUGCUGCAGCGGUUAAAAACAUGUCUUCUGCUGUGUGACAACAUGUCAUGUUGGAGUUUACUUGACUGAGAUGCUGACAUGAGCAAUGAAAAUGCUUUGCGGUGAACUUUGACCUCUGACCUCACAGUGUAUAGGCAAAUUAGAAAAGUAAAUUUCCCUGCGGAAAUUAUCAAAUUGUUACUAUAGCACACCCAAGACAAGACCCCCAGACCAGGUCCCGUGAGCACCCCUCCCCGUCGUGUCUCCCAGUACCAUGCUGGGUGCACUCCUGCGGAGGAACAUGUCCCAGAAGUUGAGUGUGCUGCUGGUAGUGUUUGGCCUGGCAUGGGGACUUAUGCUGUUGCGCUACACUGUACAGCAGCCACGGCACGAGAGCAGCACUGAGCUACGUGAGCAGAUUCUAGAGCUCAGUCGACGAUACGUGAAGGUCCUGACAGAAGAAAACCAGAACUCACCAGCUGGGCCACAGGGAACCUCCAUGGCUGGUUAUGCUGAUCUGAAGAGGACUAUAGCUGUGUUGCUGGAUGACAUUCUGACGCGGUUGGUGAAACUGGAAGGAAAAAUUGAAAUAGUGGUCAAUGCCUCUGCCACAAACACCUCCCAUACAACAGGGGGCGUCCUUGCUUCCCCUCCCGCUGCCCUACAGAAAGCCUCUAAGCAGGAGUCGCCUGGCAGCCACCCAGGAACGUCCCGCCUUCACCCACACAUCCGUAACCGGCGCCGACCAUAUUAGGAGCGUAGUCUUAAUUGGUGCACAAAAUUUGUCUUUAGCACACUUUCCAGCAUUCAUCUUAUGAGUAAUAGACAUCAUAAAAAUCAUUUGGGAGACAUAUGGACAUCCAGAAGCUUGAACCAUGGGAUGCAUCUUAAUUUAAUAUUCUAAGGAAAGAAGGAUGACUUUCUUAUGCUCAGUGCUAUCAUAUGCUGGAUGUGUGUUUUGUUUCUUUAUAUUUUCACUGCUGAUGUUUUGGCCUAAGUGUAAGUAUUUUUUAUAAUACAAUAGUCGACUGUUGAUGUUAAGGCAGAGGUAUCAAAAUGGCCUAUAAUGCUCUUCUGUCUAUAUGUAAAUCAACUGAAAAAUACUGCUUUACAUAUCAAAAUGCUAAACUAAACAGCAACAAACAGUCAACAUGACAGUCACUACAUGUUGGUGCAGUUGCCAGAUACUGUGUGAAGACGAUUCUUCAGCUUCUAGCAUAAACACAUACACAUUUGAGAAUAAACCAUAUAGUUCACAUGUAAGAGAUAAUCCAAAGAAUAUUUUGAGCACUCCAUUUAAAGAGAGUCUAAAUGUGUAUUUACAUUUUCUGACAAGUUGUGGUUCAUGAAGAACAUGACAGGAUGAAGCUACUUUGUCAUUUGUCAUUGUACACUUGUGUGUCUGUCUGGGUGUGUGCGCCUUUGAAAGCCAACGAUUCGCUUGCCUGGUGUUUAGACUUUUUAAAUUUAGAUGUGUAACAGAUUGAAUGUACUGUGUGGUCAGUAUUUAGCCUGCAGUCAUGUGAAGAUGCUUGACCUACUGCUCACACAUGUUCAGGGUUUGUGUUGCACUGUGCACUCUAGAGAUAUUCUACUAUCUAAGUACUGGGCUCUUGCAGUUUUUACUUUAGAAGUAUGCCAGGCUCUGCAAUAUAUAUUCUUUGAAACCCUUCUUCAGAAACUUUGUUAAAAUACUUUACUGUGUCCUGCCCAGAGGUUAAACAUGUUUAAUUCGCUUAUUAUUAUUCUGUGAUAACUUUUUUUUUUACAAAUCUGGUAAAUAAUUGAAUCACUAUCAUUUGGGGACUGGCAAAGUAAGUGAAAAUUAAUAAAAUCUUGCUUACAUAUUAAA